GGGACUUGAAUAUGGCGUGUGUGCAGUAAAUUGCUUUUGCAAUACAAGUAUUCUCAUCGUACUAGUAGAUCAGGUGGAUAUCUGCGGUUGUGAUUUGAGGUCCCCUUCGAGCAGGUACCAGACGAUACCCUGAAUAUCACGGAGUCCAAAUGGCCAACGUCGUACAGAGUCUCUUCGAAUUUUUUUCUUCUGUCGGUCUGCCGACUGUUUUGAUAUUCGUAGCAGUGUUGCUGUUAAGUCUGUGGAUGCUGUCGUCGAGGAAUCCUCGGGUGAACUGGCCGCCCGGACCUGUCUGUUUCCCCGUAGUGGGAUGUCUCCCACAGAUGAUGAUCUGCGGACGGAGAAGACAACCUACGGAUCUUCUUCCAUGGUAUGAUACAUACGGAGAUAUCAUGCACGUCAAACUUGGUGAACAACACAUGAUAAUGCUGGGGACUUAUGAGCUGAUCCAAGAGGCUUUCGUGAAGAAUGCAGCCACAGUCAGCGCUAGACCUACUUGGAUAUAUAUUUUAAGACAUAUAGUCGGGAAGGACGGGGCUGGAGUUAUAUUUAAAUCCGGGCACGAAUGGAAAGAACUGAGGAGAUUCACACUCUCGUCUCUUCGAGAUCUCGGCCUCGGGAGAAAAACUUUACAAGAAAGAAUUCAGGAUGAGGCACGAUACUUGGUUCAAAAGAUUGAAAAUGAAAAUGGAAAAACUUUCUCUCCCAGAGACAGGAUUGGAAAAGCUGUCAGAAACAUUAUAUGUACCACUGUGUUUGGAGCUAGAUAUGACUGUAAUGACACUCAGGAAAUGAUGUCGGUUUUGGAACAAAAUUUGAGAAUUGGCAAGGGACCACUGACCCUUACUAACUUGGCGCGUUUCUUUUUACCGGUAAAGGAGAAAUUGGCCUUCUCGAACAAGCUGUAUAGUUUGAUACACCGAGAAGUCGAACGACACCGCCAGUCUUUCGAUCAAACAGACAUCCGGGACUUCAUUGACCUCUUCAUAAAGGUCACCCAAGAGGGACAAGACUCAGAGAUUUACACAGAAUGGAACGUAUUUCGCAUUAUUGUUGAUUUAUUUUUCGCUGGAACGGAAACCACUACUAAUACUUUGAGAUGGUCCCUAGUGCAUAUGGUAAAUAAUUCGGACGUUCAGAAGAAGGUGCAGCAGGAAAUUGAUCAGGUCAUAGGUCAAGAUCGCGUCGCCAAGAUGGAGGACAAGGCCAGGAUGCCGUUCACUGAAGCAACCAUCUUGGAGGCCCUUCGUAUGUCUCCCGUUGUUCCCCUUGGUGUUCCCCAUGCCACUAGUGAAACUACAAAAUUGGCAGGAUACACCAUUCCCAAGGGCACCGUGAUACUGGGAGACUUGUACCGGGUUCUUCACGAUAAGAAUAACUUCCAAGAUCCUUACAAGUUUAAGCCAGAAAAAUGGCUGGAUGCUGAUGGUAAAGUGAUCAAGUCGGACAAAAUGAUAGCGUUUUCCAUCGGACCACGAGCUUGCUUGGGUAGGGGACUGGCUGAAAUGGAAUUGUUCAUUUUCUUUACCACGUUGCUUCAGAAUUUUACCUUCAAGGUACCAGAGAGCGAGAAACCACCCGAUGGAGUGGAGGGCUUCAGUGGGGACACGUUCACGCCGUACCCCUACAACGUGUGCGCAGUGAGACGUUAGAACGAAGACACACUGUGCAAACAAUUAACCUAUAUAUACGUGCAAAACAAAUCUGUUGUCUUAUUAAGCGAGUACUUUCGUAAAAUCAUAAGCCUCGAAUUCUUCCCCCAUGUCAUGAGUACUGAAUUGAACGUUAUCGUAUAUAACAAAGUGACAUUUAUACCAGGAGUUUCAAUCAGGAGGUCAUACUGUAUAUUCCGCACAUACUCUGUAGUGAUUUUCGAGCCGUUGUAAUGAUCAUAUUAUUCGAAGCGGUUUCUCGCUGUGGUUAUACACUUUCGGUUUUUGCAUUGACAUGUUUUCAGAUACUGCCCUUGCAAAAAAGGACCACAACAUUACAUAAGAUACAGGUAUGUUCACGUUUAAGGGCGUAUUCCCAUAGAUUUUAGAA